AAAUUUUUGAUAUUUUCAUCUAUUUUCGUUCUUUACGUCAAAAAGGUGUAGUGAUUUUCUAUUUGUGAUUUUGUUCAAAGAUUUACGUGUAAUUUGGAUAUAAGUUGAAGAUAGAGGGGGCAAUGAAUAACUAUACAAUAAAAUAAUGACAAUAUCUAUGAAUGAUCAACAAGACCAAAUGCCCGGGGAAAUGGGUUUCCCCGAGGCAAAGUUAAGAGCACUAGAAGAAAAAAUUUCCCAUUCACGUUGGGUUGUUCCUGUUUUACCUGAGCAAGAACUAGAAGCUCUUCUUAUUGCUGCUACAGAACUUGCAGCAAAAGGGGAAGAUGUUAACAAUCCACUCUGCCAACGAUUUUACAAUGAUGCCCUCACAGUAUCAUUUACAAAGAUUCUUACUGAUGAUGCUGUAUCAUCGUGGAAAAGCAACAUUCAGCAAUGUGUUAGGUCCAACUGUGAGAAACUUGUCAAACUAUGUGCUUUAAAAUUGGAUGAUCCAAGAUUUCUGAAUUUGCUGUGUAUGGCAUUUACUCCUAGUAACAAAUUUCACACUUUUAAUGCAUCCCGUACCUCUGAGGGUCUCUCUGUGACCACCAGUUCAACAUCAGUUGGUCAAGGCUCUACCCAGGAACCAGAAGUUUUUGCCAAAUCGCAUGAUCAUCGAACACCAAGGGGAUGGCUGGUCCAUCUUAUCAAUGUAUUUGGUCAAGCUGGUGGUUUUGUUAAGAUUCGUGAAAGGUUUGAAGCUAUUAUGGGUUUUCAAAAGCCUGAUCUCACCUCAUCUGUGAACUCGGAGGAAAAGGUUUCUAUGGAAAUAACAGAAAAAGAAACUGAAGAUAGCAAAACCACCAAAGCUGACGAUUCUGAGAGUGCCCCAGUAAUUUCAGAAACUAAUGAGCUACCAACUCCUUCUCGUAACGAACAACCUUCUUCUCUGGAGCAGUCUGCUAGUGGCGAGACACGCGUUGCGGUGGUGUGGCAGCUGCUCCGGCCUAUCGGCGCUUGCCACGAGCAUCUUACUCCGCAUACUGUUAUAACAUACCUCCUCCCUGUUUUGGAAUGCAUCCCUACACUAUUAGACAGUUUAUCUGACGAGGAGUUGAAGAGGGAAGCCCGCGGGACUGAGAAUAAGACUGAUACGGUAUCUUGUUUGAUUCGCGCCUGCAAGCAGGUGGCUCUAAAGACUCCCCAACAUCACAGUCUUGUAAAAUCUCUCGAGAUGUUUAGGUUGAAAAUGAUAUUGCGGUGGUUACAAAUGUCAUCAUUCAAUGGUAAAAUGACUGCGUUAAAUGAAAUAAAUCAACUUAUCAGUUCAAUCGCUCAGCAGCCAAAACCCGAAUGGCUCACGGCUGCGGUCAUGACAAAUUGGAUAAGAGAAAACAAGGUAGUAGAUAUAGUAUUACGCGACUCACUACAUCAGCCUCAAUAUGUGGAGAAGUUGGAGAAAAUGUUAAGGUUUAUGAUAAAAGAGAAUUCGCUGACCAGAGACGAUUUGGAUGCUAUUUGGAAGGCUCAGCACGGAAAGCAUGAAGCGAUUGUCAAAAACUUGCACGACUUGUUGGCGAAACUAGCUUGGGACUUCACUCCUGAUCAACUGGAUCACCUUUUUGACUGCUUUAAGGCAAGUUGGGCUACAUCUAGCAAGAAGCAAAGCGACAAAUUGUUAGAAGUGAUAAGGAGACUUGCCGAAGACGAUAAAGAUGGUGUAAUGGCAAACAAAGUUCUGGUUCUCUUUUGGAAUUUAGCUCAUUCGGACGAAGUUUGCACUGAAAUAAUGGACGUUGCGCUGGCGAACCUUAUCAAAAUUUUAGACUACAGCUGCAGUCAAGAUCGAGAUGCACAGAAAACACACUGGCUGGACAAAUGUGUAGAGGAGCUAAAAACAAAUGAGAAGUGGGUGUUACCAGCGCUAAAGAUGAUGCGCGAAAUUUGCUGCCUGUACGAGGCGGGCGGUGGGACCGGCGUGCGGCCGCACGUCACGCGCCAGGAGCUCAUCGACCGCCUGCAGACGCAGCACUCGCUCGUCAUUCUAGUCACCGACUCGCUCACGCACUAUAUGGACGGAGUUAGGAACAAGCAGACAGCGGAGGGGGACAUCGACUGGGAAAACUGGAUGCCUGAUGGGAGAUACCCACACGCUGGACAAGUUCACGAGAGAUUGAGUUUUCUGAGGUUCCUUUUGAAAGAUGGACAGCUGUGGUUAUGCGCAGAACAGGCAAAACAAAUCUGGGUCUGUCUCGCAGAGCGACCUGCGCACCUAGGCGACCGCGAAGCGUGUUUUCGAUGGUUCAGUAAGCUCAUGGGAGAAGAACCCGACCUAGAUCCCAAUAUUAACUUGCAUUUUUUUCGAAGAAAUAUUAUGACACUGCCUCCCAAUUUACUCACACACGCGGGUAUUAAAUGCUUCGAAAGAUUCUUUAAAGCUGUAAACUCCAAAGAAGGAAAACUGAAAAUUAAACGACGAAGUUUUUUACUUAACGAUGCUGAUCUCAUAGGAUUAGAUUAUUUAUGGAGGGUAAUAACGGAGUGCUCGGACGAGAUCUCGGCGCGCGGCAUCGAGCUGCUGCGCGAGGUGAGCACGUGCGUGGGCCCGCAGUUCUCGGCGGCGCAGCACCACGAGGCCUUCCUCACGCAGUGCUGCGCGCGCACGCAGCGCAUACAGAAGGACAUGGACCAGCAGGAGGAUAUUACUGAAAGUUGUACAAGAAUGUGCAGGGUUAUACGUGCCAUACAGGAAUAUGUAAACGAAUGUGAUAGACGAUUUUCCGCCGAAAGACAAAUCCUGCCGAUUUAUAGAUCAGGGCGGGGAAGACAGUGCACUAUUGUAGUCAGAUUUAAUUUUCAAACUGGCCAAAGACAAAUUGACGACAUUGAACUAUUCUCACAUUCAAAUGAAACAUUGCAUUCGUUGCGUGCAGCAAUCCAAAGAAGACUCAAGUGUGCUACCGAUAGUAAUAUAAAAUUAGAGCUUUAUGUAAAUAAGUUAGAACUGUACGUAAAUGGUGAGCUCUUAGAUUCAAGUCACGACCGAAAAAUACUUGCACAAAUACCGCUUCGGGACAAAACUGUUAUUGUUGCUAAGGUUUACGAUGGGCAAGUGUGUGGCAGUGGAGGCUGCGGCUCCUCGAAUGAGUCCAGCAGCGAUUCAAGUACGUCAUCGCCCCCUCUGCCCCCUACGCCUGAACACGCUUUACCAGGCGUCCUUUUUGCACAGGGAUCAUGGUACAUACCAUUUAUCUUGGAAUUGGAGCACAUCGGCAUUACCAAGGGCCACGCGCCCCUAACUGAAGCCGCACACCUUCUCACUCAGAUUAGCCCGGCUCACAAGCAAACUGUUGAAAAGUUAACAGACGCUCUUUUAUGCCGUGAAGAUACAAAACUGAGGGAUAUGCUUUAUGGACCAGCACCACCCACCGUAGCUUACAAUAUAGAGGUGCUCUAUAGCAUGGUGAUGCCGUCAUCUGAUACACGAUUGGAACGGGGUCGUAACUUUCAGCUAGCUUGCGUCAAGAAAGCUCCUUUGUUAGUUCAGUGCUUGUCGGACAAGGAAUUCCUUCAAGGUGCCGCGCCACAUACAAGGAGGGUUGGAUACUUAGCGCUAGUUAGACUGGCCAAAUUGGCGUUGUAUACUCUGGGUCAUCUUUUUGAAAUACUCGCUCCAGAUGGUUCAGAUACUAACGUGGACAAAGACUUCAGAAUGGAUGUAACAAUCCUAAGAGAGGCGCUGCAAACUGUACCUAAUCACAGCUGUGAACUGAUUGUUAAAGCUAUUUCUGAAAAGCUUGCAAAUGCUCUAGGUGAACAGGUGGUAACGAGUAGCGAGGAGAGUGAUUCCGUGUCUUCUCUGGUGUGGUGGCGAGUGCCUACUACGGCUACUGUGCGAGCAUUGUAUGCGCUCGCGUUUUCUGUCGCACAGCCGGUUGAAAUGAUCGGCAUCGUUCAUCCAGAUGACGUCACACUUGUUCGAGAGUGUAUGGAGGUGGUGACGAUAUGCAUGGCGUUGGGUGGCGGACAUUUGGAUUCUUUACUACACGAAACUUGGUGGCAAGACACUGCUCUGUACCUGAUGAUAGAUUGCCCCAACCCUCAAGUGCGAGUGUCAUCCGCCGAGCAGCUGCUAGCUAUGUGCGCGUGGGGCGGCGGCGGCUGCGCGCGCGCGGCGCUCGCGGCGCUGGGCGGCGGCGCGGCGGGCGCGGGCGCGGCCGGCCCGAGGCUGCAACGCCACGCGACGCACGCGCAGCAGUUCCUGCAACUGCUGUGUAGACUGGUGGCGCUGGCCGGCCCUACUGAGCGGACGCUGGACGAUCUCGCCUAUGAGGUGGCAUGGCUCCGCGCUAUACGAGCCAACCCGGAGAAACUAGACGACACUUUACUUGAGGGGCACCUCAACCUCACCAAAGAACUGUUCACGCACGUGCCAGCUCAAGUCAAGUUCCAGUACGGUGCGCACCCGGAUCACAAGGACUCUGGGCUAAUAAAGGAAGUCACAACGGAGUUCCUGUGGCCAUACUCGUGGGCGUGGUGCCGCAUGGGCGCGUCGAGUUCCGGCGGCGGCGAGGAGUCGUCCGGCGAGCCGGCGGCGCCGCUGUGCCGCACGCCGGGCGCCGCCGCCGCCGCCGCCGACUUGCUGCUGGCUCUCGUGUAUGGCUGCGCACACAACAUGGCGGCGCUUGCGCAACUGCUCGAACAGAUGUUCUAUAGCGACAAAAGCAUGCCACUAUCGGAAUGGGACUACAUGCCGUGCGUGGGCCCGCGGCCGCCGGCCGGGCUGGUGGGGCUGAAGAACGCCGGCGCCACCUGCUACAUGAACUCCGUGCUGCAGCAGCUCUACUGCGUGCGUGCCGUGCGCGACGCGCUGCUCGCCGUGCAAGGUGCUGCGACUGACCUAACUGAAGAUUUCUCUGGUGAAAGCCCACAUCACACUAUUGUUGAAAAUAAUGCAGAGGGAAAUGCUGACUACAACAUCACAAUCUUGAAACAAGUUCAAGCUAUAUUUGCACACUUACACUACAGUAAACUUCAGUAUUACGUUCCCAGAGGAUUGUGGGCGCAUUUUAGGCUUCAAGGUGAACCAGUCAAUUUACGCGAGCAGCAAGAUGCAGUUGAGUUUUUUAUGUCAUUGGUAGAGUCUUUGGAUGAGGCUCUCAAGUCCUUGGGGCAAGAACAACUUAUGGCCAAAACAAUGGGCGGCACGUACUCAGACCAAAAAAUAUGUAAAGGAUGUCCACACAGGUAUUGCAAGGAAGAACCUUUCAGUGUAGUCUCAUUGGACAUCAGAAACAUGUCCCGACUGCAAGAAUCUCUUGAAGCAUAUGUAAGAGGAGAGCUAUUAGAAGGGGCUGAUGCCUACCACUGUGAUAAGUGCAAUAAAAAGGUCGUGACAGUAAAACGCUUAUGUCUGAACAAACUACCUCCAGUAUUAGUUAUACAGUUGAAAAGGUUCGAAUACGACUUUGAAAAAGUGUGUGCAAUAAAAUUUAAUGACUACUUCGAGUUCCCUCGGGAACUUGACGUCGAGCCCUAUACUGCGUGGGGCUUAGCGCGGGCCGAGGGCGACGAGACGCUGUGGGAGGGAGGAGAAGAAAAGACGCCCGAGACUCACUACCAGCUCAGCGGAAUCGUCGUGCACUCGGGACAAGCCUCCGGCGGACAUUACUACUCAUACGUCUUGCUGAGGGAUAACGGUAGCGAGACCGGGCGCUGGGUGAAGCUGGACGACGGCGACGUAUCCGAGUGCGUGAUGCACGACGACGAGGAGAUGAAGGCGCAGUGCUUCGGCGGCGAGUACAUGGGUGAGGUGUUCGAUCCGAUGCUAAAGAGGGUACUGUACAAGCGCCAAAAAAGAUGGUGGAAUGCCUACAUGCUGUUCUACACAAGAAAAGAUACGAUAGAAACCUCUAGUCUUGAACAAUCUAUGAAGAAUUUGACCUUAAAGGAAAGUGCCAUACCCAGACCUAUCUGGCUUUCAGUUCGUCGUGGAAAUAUAGCUUUUUCACAUAAUCAAGAUCAAUUUAGCCUGGAACAUUUUAAUUUUAUGAAGAAACUCUGUUGCAUGAGACUUCAAGUGCUGCCUGGUUCACAGAGCGCUGUUUGGAGUAAAGAGCAUGAAGAAAUGUCAAUGUUGUCUGUGCAAUUAGCAACAAAGUUUUUAUUCCAAGUUGGUUUUCAUACAAAGAAGACGCUGCGAGGACCUGCGGCUGAUUGGCAUGAUAUUCUAUGUCAGCAUCUCAGGUGCUCACAGGCUGUUAGAGCGUGGUUUGCAACUGAUCUCUUCAAACACCCACACAGAUUGUGUGACUAUUUGCUAUCGUGUCCUUCCGCCGAAGUACGAUUAGUUUUCAUGAAAAUCAUCGUUUUCUUAGCUCACUUUUCUGUCAAAGAUUCACCAGUGGCGAGCGGCUACGGGUCGUGGUGCGCGCGCGAGGAGGCGUCGUCGCUGUCGGACCAGCUGCUGUGCUGCGCGCGCGCGCUGGCCGACCCGCCGUACGCGGACGCGCACGCGCUGCGCCACCUGCCGCUGCUGUUCAACCUGUUCCACACCUACGCGCUGCUGGGCCUGCACGAGCGCCACCAGCUGCUGCGGGUGAGUGACGUCACCAACCUGUUCCACACCUACGCGCUGCUGGGCCUGCACGAGCGCCACCAGCUGCUGCGGGUGAGUGACGUCACCAACCUGUUCCACACCUACGCGCUGCUGGGCCUGCACGAGCGCCACCAGCUGCUGCGGGUGAGUGACGUCACCAACCUGUUCCACACCUACGCGCUGCUGGGCCUGCACGAGCGCCACCAGCUGCUGCGGGUGAGUGACGUCAGCAACCUGUUCCACACCUACGCGCUGCUGGGCCUGCACCAACGCCACCAGCUGCUGCGGGUGAGUGACGUCAGCAACCUGUUCCACACCUACGCGCUGCUGGGCCUGCACGAGCGCCACCAGCUGCUGCGGGUGAGUGACGUCACCAACCUGUUCCACACCUACGCGCUGCUGGGCCUGCACGAGCGCCACCAGCUGCUGCGGGUGAGUGACGUCACCAACCUGUUCCACACCUACGCGCUGCUGGGCCUGCACCAACGCCACCAGCUGCUGCGGGUGAGUGACGUCAGCAACCUGUUCCACACCUACGCGCUGCUGGGCCUGCACGAGCGCCACCAGCUGCUGCGGGUGAGUGACGUCACCAACCUGUUCCACACCUACGCGCUGCUGGGCCUGCACGAGCGCCACCAGCUGCUGCGGGUGAGUGACGUCACCAACCUGUUCCACACCUACGCGCUGCUGGGCCUGCACGAGCGCCACCAGCUGCUGCGGGUGAGUGACGUCAGCAACCUGUUCCACACCUACGCGCUGCUGGGCCUGCACGAGCGCCACCAGCUGCUGCGGGUGAGUGACGUCAGCAACCUGUUCCACACCUACGCGCUGCUGGGCCUGCACGAGCGCCACCAGCUGCUGCGGUUACGGAUAUUGGAUGUUGUGCUGAGCGUGUGUAUGGAUGACGCAUCUCUAUCUCUCGUGAAGUACCAAUAUCCGGAAUCGGCGAAAAUACAUCAGGUGGUGUACGUGUUAGCGCGUUGCUGCGACGUGAGCGGUCGCUGCCAGUCGGCGGGCGCGGCGGAGGGCGCGCUACCGCUGCCCAACCCGUACGCCGACCCGCCGCCUUCCGGCAGUGCCGUGCAGCGCCCGCCGCUGUCUCCCGUCGCUGCCGACAUACUCUACAAUAGAACUGGCACGUACAUGAAGAAGCUGACCGAAGAGUGCUGCGGCUGCGAGGAGGGCAUCCGCCUCGUGCAGUUCCUGUGCUGGGAGCACGCGGAGUGGUCGCGCGUGGCGCUGGCCGAGCUGCUGUGGCAGAUGGCCUACGCGUACUGCCACGAGCUGCGCCGCCACGCCGACGCGCUCUCCGCCACGCUGCUCAUGGAAGACAGCUGGCAGCACCACCGCAUCCACAACGUCAUCAAGGGCGUGUCAGACGAACGGCCAGGGCUACUGGAGACGGCGGCGCGCGCGCGCGGGCACUACCAGAAGCGCGCGUACGCGUGCGUCAAGCUGCUGGUGGGCGUCAUGGGCCGCGCGCCCGCCGCCGUGCGCGCCGUGCACGCGCAGCCCGAGGCGCGCCGGCGCUGGCGCCAGCUGCUCGCCUGGCUGCAGGACGAGCUCGACCGCUAUGGGCCGGGAGGUUACGGAUCAUACGGCACGUGGUCUCCGCCGGGCACAUCCAACGAAACUUCCAGCGGAUAUUUCCUGGAGCGCAGCAAUUCCGCGCGAAAAACACUCGAAAAGGCGUACCAACUGUGCCCCGAGGAGGAGGACGAGGACGAGGAGCCGCGCGACGCGCCCGAGAGCUCCGCCGCCGACGCGGCCGAGAGCGGCGACGCCGACGCCGGCGCCGAGCCCGCCUCGCCCGACGACGCCGACAGCGCCGACGACGACGACGCGCCCAGCGACGAGGACGCGCCGCGCCUGCGCGCCCGCGAGCACCGCCGCACGCGCCGCAUGCGCCCCACGCGCCGCCGCGCCGCACCGCACUCGCAGCACUGAGCGGAAGGAGGUACGACCCGCGAGAUCGCCGACGAUCGUGCCGCGCGAAUAGUUUUCGUAGGCUGGUAGAGAAACGUUU